AUGUCUAUCAACGAUUUACGUGGCCGUUUGGCGCUCAUCACUGGUGCAUCAGGAGGCAUCGGAUCGGCUUGUGCAGAUCAGCUUGCACAGCAUGGUGUUCAUCUGGCAUUGACUUAUUCCAGCAAUCUCGAGGCCAUGAACAGAAUCGUCGAAGAACUGAAAACAAAACAUGCGGAGCACCAGCUCCGCAUCUCCGUCCACCAAGUCGAUGUUGGCUCGGCUGAACAGAUUGAGGCCUUGUUCCAACAGAUCGAACGCGAGCAUGAGCAGCGACCAGAUAUUCUUGUUUCUAACGCUGGCUACGGUAAACGCUUUCCCAACGUGUGGGACAUCACUCUGGAGGAAUUUGAUUAUACACUCAAUAUCAAUCUCCGUGCUUCAUUCAUACUCGUCAAAGGGGUGGUUGAGCACAUGAAGGCUCAGCGCUGGGGUCGCAUCGUGUUCAUGUCCUCAAUUGCCGCACAGGGUGGAGGUAUCAAUGGAUGUCACUAUGCCGCCUCCAAAGGUGGUCUGACGGGGAUGAUGAAAAACUUGUCCACGCGCCUCGCCGAAUAUAACAUCAGCGUCAAUGAUGUAGCCCCGGCCAUGAUCGGUGACACGGGCAUGAUUCCGAAUGCGAAUGCAAUUCCCGAGGUCGCCGCUGGCAUUCCGUUGAAAAGGCUGGGUACACCGGAGGAGACAGCGAAUGUGGUGACGAUGCUCUGUAAGACUGGCUACAUGACCGGUCAAAGUCUGCUGCUGGCUGGGGGGUUGAAAUGA